AGUUAAGUCUAUGAAUUUGGCUCCUAGCUCUUUGUCUGUCGACAUAUUUCAAUUUUCUACCGACUCGACACAUGAUCAAUCGCUUCAAUAAAGGUGCUGGGUUCGCCUCAUUCACAAACCUAUUUAUUGGCUUGAAUUGUUAACGUUUCCAUUGUCCCUCCACAGCAGUCAUGAAGAGAUUUCUUGUCAUAUUCCUUUUCGGCCUUGUGGUGGUGAGGGGAGGUGUGCUACUAGGAGGUGAAGAAGAUACUGAUGCUAGUGACGAAGAAAAUUUGAAGCAAAUCAAACAAAUGUUUCAACAGACUAUGCAAGAUGCUGUGACCGACGAAGAUGGUUAUGAAACAAAAGUCACUCUGAAGGACUUGGAGUGUAAGAGACAGGUAGUCGCUGGUACAAGAUACAACUGUGAAAGCAAAGUGAACUACGAAACUGUUUGUAAGAAGCCCAGCAGUGAAUGCGAGGAGAAGCCCAAGAGGAGUUCCAGUUGUAAAGCCAGUUUCUGGCUGCCUCUUGGUGAGGAUGCCAAACUGCAAUACACCGACGAUGGCAAACCUUCUUGUGUCGCCUAGAUAAACGCCAACGCCCAGCUAACAACCAUUAGGUGGAAAAACUCCGGAUUUUAAAAACGACCAAGCAU